AUGCGGCGCUCACUAGCUAAGGUAGCUAAGAUACUGAUUGGCACAUGGGCCAUAAUGGGUAUGUAUACGGUAUUCGUGGUAACUGGCAAGAUAGAAAACAAUAAUUGUGUUUGCUAGAUAGCUUUCUGACCUAGGUUGGGCGUAAUAACCAGGUCGCUACCUAGCCAUGACCGUGCAAACCGUAGCUAAACGUUUUGCAACGGAACAUGUAAACGAGCGUUUCUAAUUGGACAAGUUCGGGUCGUCCCUCCUCGUUUCGGUCAGUUUUCUAUCGUUUGGUGUCUAGUGAAAACGACCCUGACGUCAAGGAAGUAGCUGGCUAUCUAGCUAGCUAUUGUGCGGUUUCUAGCAAAACCUCUUGUAUGUCUAACGUUAGCUAGCUGUGCCAUUUGAUAUAUUAUGUUAUUGAAUAGCUAGCUAGCUAUUAUUAUGUUAUUGAGUGUCCACACGUACACAUUCGGCGCAAGCUAUUGUCUGCUCGGAAUGUUAUAACAUUUGUUAUGACAAUGUAAUUAUGACAUAACGGUAGCUAAGAUAUGCAUAACUAAAUGUAAUUGAUUUAGCUAACACACUGUGCUUUUCACAUUAUAGAUUCCCCCAUCCCUCUCUCCUCCCUGCGCCUGUUGGUUCCACCUCUACGACUGAUGUCUGCAUUUAUGUGGCAGGUAUCACAACAGAGGGCCAUUAAGCACUAUGGAAAAUUAGAGGAGUUUGUGACCGUGGUAACACAAACUGUCCCAGAACUUAUGACUGACAGACAGAGGACCCUCCUUAUUUUGGGGCUGAGAGCAAGGGUAAGGAUCACUUAAAUGGGUGAAGUGCUGAGAAUAGUUUUAUGCAAAGUAUCAGACUGCAUCACCACUUUUCUUGCAGGUAACUUUGGGGCGAUUUUCUGCUGAACACCCUGUCAGCCUCCAAACCCUCCUUUAUUCUAUAAAGUCUUCUCAACUUGCACAGGUUCAGGUUGGUAAAUCAAAUGUCAGCUAGUACAACACCCUGAUAAUUCGGCCACAUUAAAAUCAAGAGUUUAAGUUUGUUGGUAUGGACAGUUGUGGGACAGUUGUCAUCCCCUUUAACACCAAGUAUAAAAAUGACUGUCCUUUUUCGGUUUGUUUCCCACAUUGUUUUACAGUCCUAUGAUGCAGGCAUGGAAUCGCCUGAAGCUAACUUUUGCCAAGCUCACCCAAAGCUUGAUUACAGAUCCAGUUGAGCGUGAACACUUCGUUCAAGUAAGUAGCUGUUCAUGUCAAGCUUGUAUUCAACCUGUUUUUCUUGAAUGUUUUCUUUAGCCUGACUCAACCUAAUAAUAACUUAUUUAGCUUAUAUAGCGCUUCUCAUUACAAAAUAGAAUCUCAAAACGCUUCAAAAGCAAAACAAACCGGAACAACAAAUUAUCAAAAAUGGAAAGUUAAUGGUGUCUAGUCAGCUUCAGAUAGGGAGUUGAGGCUGUUUGUAAAGGCAGUGUCUGCCAUAUGGCUUGACUGGAGGGGGGCAUCGAUGGUACAGCCAGGGGGAACCUAGUAAUAAUGUCCUUGAAAAAUAGCAUUUUGUUGUAUGAUAAAUCAUGACUAGCGGACCCUGGCAAGAGAGAAGAAAAAUACUUGGCGCCCAAGGUAGGAUCAUGCAGGGUCUACCAAACCAAUCAUUAAGUAGGCUAACUGUUUCCCUUUUGUAGUAUCUCACUGACUCACCAUCAUCUUUUCAGGUGGUGUUCCUUGAGGAAUUCAGACCUGAUUUUGACAAAGCGCUUCAGGAACUGGUCUGUGACUUCCUCACUCGGUUGGAAGAGCUGCUUACACUACCAGACUUUAAGCAGGUACAGAAGUCACUUUCGUAAGACAGUCUUGAGACAACAGCAUUCAAAUUAAUAACUGUAGUUGGCCUGGAAUCUAUUUUGGCAUUUUAUUUGUGUCCCUCUUUUCCCUAGACAGCAUUGUUGCUGAGUGCUGGCUCCUCUGGCCUGGAUGAAUGCCUGCAGUCUUUCUCUCACUCAGAAGAUCUCCAGUUUCUGCUCCAGAAUUACAAACAAUGCAGAACAUUGUACACAAACAGUAAGAAAAGUACACCUUUUUUAUGCAUCAUUUUAGUACCACAUGGUCGUAUAAGGUUUAUUGAUGAAACAACUGCAUCUGAGGAUAAUAAGAUUAUUUAUGUGCAGCAAGUUCCUCUCACCAUGUUCCUUACCUUUCUUGUUCAUUUUAAAGGGAUUUAUACUUGGAUGGAUUAGCCAAAUAAUAAACAAUUUGACAGAUUAAAAUGUAAAUUAUGGAUAUGAGAUAAGUAUUCAGAACAGCCCAGCAGAUAUUACGUUUCUUUUUAACGUAUUUGUUUUUUGUCUGUGUGCAGUUUCCUCCUCUGACAUUCCUCAGGAAUCAGAUAUUGAAUCUGAUGCCUUCCCUGACCAGUUAAACCGUACCAAUCUGGACACUGGUGUGGAUAUGAGGACAGCACAUUUAGUGGCAAUGGGGAGCACAAGAGAUAUUAUAGGCUGCGAUGAAACCUGUGAUGAAGCGAAUGAAGAUGACAUAGAUGUAGAGGACGAGUCAGCACAGAAAAGGUACAGUGCCUUCAGAAAGUAUUCACACCCCUUGACUUUUUCGAAAUGUUGUUGUGUUACAGCCUGAAUUUAAAAAUGGAUUCAAUUGAGAUGUUUUGUCACCGGCCUACACACAAUACCCCACAAUGUCAGUCAAAUUAUGUUUUUUGAAAUGUUUACAAAUAAAUAAAAAAUGAAAAGCUGAAAUGUCUGGAGUCAAUAAGUAUUUAACCCCUUUGUUAUGACAAGCCUAAAUAAGUUCAGGAGUAAAUAUUUGCUUAACAGGUCACAUAAGAAGUUGCAUGGACUCACUCUGUGCAAUAAUAGUGUUUAACAUUAUUUUUCAACGACUACCUCACACAUACAAUUAGGUCGCACAGUGAAUUUCAAACACAGAUUCAACCACAAAAACCAGGGAGGUUUUCCAAUGCUUCGCAAAGGGCCACCUAUUGGUAGAUGGGUCCAAAUGGAAAAAAAGCAGACAUUGAAUAUCCCUUUGAGCAUGGUGAAGUUAUUCAUUACACUUUGGAUGGUGUAUCAACACACCCAGUCACUACAAAGAUACAGGCGUCCUUCCUAACUCAGUUGCUGGAGAGGAAGGAAACCGCUCAGGGAUUUCACCAUGAGCCCAAUGAUGUCUUUAAAAUAGUUUGUUUAAUGGCUGUGAUAGGAGAAAACUGAGGAUGGAUCUACAACAUUGUAGAUACUCUACAAUACUAACCUAAUUGACAGAGUGAAAAGAAGGAAGCCUGUACAGAAAAAAAAAUAUUCCAAAACAUGCAUCCUGUUUACAAGGCACUAAAGUAAUACUGCAAAAAAAUGUGGCAAAGCAAACUUUUUGUCCUGAAUACAACGUGUUAUGUUUGGGGCAAGUCCAAUACAACACAUUACUCAAUGGAACUAAGCACAGGCAAAAUCCUAGAGGAAAACCUGGUUCAGUCUGCUUUCCACCCGACACUGGGAGAUGCAGGACAAUAACCUAAAACACAAGGCCAAAUCUACACUGGAGUUGCUUACCAAGAAGACAGUGAAUGUUCCUGAGUGGCUGAGUUAGUCUUGACUUAAAUCUACUUGAAAAUCUGACAACAUUUUAAAAGGGUUGUCUAGCAAGGAUCAACAACCAAUUUGACAAAGCUUGAAGAAUUCUGAAAAGAAUAAUGGGCAAAUGUUGCACAAUCCAGGUGUGUUUUAGAGACUUACCCUGAAAGACUCAAAGCUGUAAUCGCUGCCAAAGGUGCUUCUACAAAGUAUUGGCUCAGGGGUGUGAAUACAUAUGUAAAUUAGAUAUUUCUGUAUUUUAUUUUCAAUAAAUGUACAAACAUUUAUCAUUAUGGGAUAUUGUGUGUAGAUGGGUGAGAUUUUUUUUUUUAUUGAAUUCAUUUUGAAUUCAGGCUGUAACAACAAUGUGGAAUAAGUCAAGGGGUGUGAAUACUUUCUGAAGACACUGUGAGAAUUCAUUUAUCAUUUUUGUUGUUUGAAACAGUGCAUCAAACAACUUUACCACUUGACUUAGUAAUGGUCAUCAAUUUACAUUUCUGUUUUGUGCCUUUCACAGGGCUGGUUCUGGUCUUUCUCCUACCAGUGUCAUGCAAGGUGGUGAUACAGGUGAGACCUCAUAAUCUUUUAGUCAAGCACAUUUACCCUUUGGAAAGCCUCAGUUGACCAUUGUAGGGGGAAACGUCAAUGUUUUUAUUCAUUUUUCCACAGACACCGUUGCAGGGGUGUCGUUUCAGGUGUUGACUCCCCUUUCUUCAGCUUCCAAUGAGUGUGCCCCAUCUACUUCCAGUUCAUCACACAUGAACAUUUUCCACCAGUGUCCUCAGUGUGGGAAGUGCUUUAAUUAUCAGUCUCAACUUGUCCAACACCAGCAAAUUCACUGUGGGGAUAAUCCAUACAAGUGCUCCAACUGCGGGAAUAGAUUCAAAUUCUUUACAAGUCUGUCAAAUCAUAAGAGGAUGCAAUGUGUGGGCACUGCCUUUAGCUGCCUGAAGUGCUGGAGAGAGUUUGGUUCUCUGCGUGAGAAAUUGAGACACCAGUGUCCACACAACGAAUCCAUGUACAUCUGUCCACAAAGCGGGAAGAGUUUUAAGACGUCACCGCAAUAUCCAUUCCAGUGCCCUCACUGCGCAAGGAGCUUUCCCGAAUCAAAUCAACUGGACGCCCACGAAAAAAGUCACAGUGUCGCCCAAACGCUUGACUGUCACAAAUGUGGAAUUACCUUCAGCAACUUGCCCAGCCUCGUGCACCAUGUGGAAGCCCACAAGAGGUCGGAUCUGAAGCCAUCGUCGCACCUUCCGAAGAAGAAAGGAUUGCAACUUCCGAGAACACACCAUUGCCACCAA